AUGUGGGGAUUUGGGGGUAGGUACUACUGGGGAAGAAAGAAGAGGAGUGAUGAAAUUGAAGGGAUAGUGGUGGUGUUUGCAUGGAUGUCGAGCCAAGAGCGGCACUUGAAGAGCUAUGUGGAGCUUUACUCGUCUAUGGGUUGGAACACACUCGUCUGCCACGGCCAAUUUCUCAAUAUGUUCUUUCCUGAGAAGGCUACAACUUUAGCGACUGAUAUUCUGAAUGAACUUCUUGAGGAGUUGAAGAUUAAGCCUUGCCCUGUGGUCUUUGCCUCUUUUUCUGGUGGUCCAAAAGCCUGUAUGUUCAAAGUUAUUCAGAUAAUUGAGGGAACUUGUGAAGCAAAACUGAAUCUGGAUGAUUGUCGACUGGUAAGGGACUGUAUUUCUGGCCACAUCUAUGAUUCCAGUCCAGUGGACUUUACUAGUGAUCUGGGUACUAAAUUUGUUCUUCACCCAACUGUCCUGAAAAUAUCCCAUCCACCGAGAUUCGCAUCCUGGAUGGCGAAUGGCAUUGCUUCUGGCCUUGAUGCCCUCUUCCUCACCAGGUUUGAGUCACACCGUGCCGAGUAUUGGCAGACUCUCUACUCCACUGUUGGCAUGCAGGCCCCGUAUCUAAUCUUAUGCUCAGAGAACGACGAUCUCGCUCCAUUUCAAGUUAUAUAUAAUUUUUCUCAACACUUACGAGAACUUGGGGCUGAUGUUAAACUAGUAAAAUGGAAUGGCUCUCCUCACGUAGGCCAUUACAAGCAUUACCCAAUUGAUUACAAGGCUGCUGUAACUGAGCUCCUUGGUAAAGCAGCUGGAGUUUAUUCUCAAAGAAUUCGACGACUGGAAGGAGAAACAUUGGGUAUGCAGGCAGCACACGAUGAGAUCAUUGACAAUGAACCGAUGAGUAGUCUCAGAAAAGCUGCUGGUGGCUCAAAUGGGUUUCGCGGAGUCACUCUGGCAUCCAGUGAUCACUUCUUCACGCCCGGCUCGAUGGAGUAUGAUGGAGGCAGAGAUGUUGGGUCCAUGCAAGACGAGCGCAAGGAAGGUUUGAUUCACCUGCCUAACCCGCCAACGCCAACCAUGAAUGCCCACGGUGUCCUCGGUCAGAUCCUUUUUGACGUCUGUGUUCCAAAAACUGUUGAGGAUUGGGAUAUAAAAUCAUCGUCGGGCUCGUUGAAUGGGAACCGCCGUUCAUUGGCUUCAAGAAGAAGGCAUGCCCCUUUUAAUCCAAUCAAGUGCAUACGUCGGUCAAGAUUAUAG